AUGGUGAGACCAAGAAGGCCUACUGAUGUGCCUGAAGAUGAGUUACCAAGGGGUGAUGGGAACUACGCCAUGGCUAGGGCGUUAAAUAGGAUGACGGAGUUCCUCCAACAGAAUUUUCGGCCACAGCAAAGAGAACAGUACAGGGCGAUGCAGGCCGGGUGCACCUAUGAGCGCUUCUUAGCGCAUAGGACCCCUGCCUUUUCUGGUGAAGAGGAUCCAUUACGGGCUAGAAGGUGGAUUCAAGAUCUGGAAAGAACGUUUGAAGUCUGUGGAUGCACUGAGGCCCAGAGGGUAUUAUAUGGAAGCUAUAUGCUGCAAGGUGAUGUGGCAAAUUGGUGGGAGACCAAGCGGUCAUUGUUAGAAAUGGAGUUGGGAUCCUUGGCUGCUGUGUCUUGGCAGCGUUUUAGGAAGGAAUUUGAUGACCGAGUCUUCCCUGUUUCGGUGAGACGGCAAAUGGCUCGGGAGUUCAAUAAUUUGGUUCAAGGAGACAUGACUGUCGAGCAGUAUGCAAGGAAAUUUAUGGAGCUUGGACGGUUCGCUCUUCACCUCAUUGCUACUGAAGAGAUGCGGGCUAAACGUUUCCAAGAAGGGUUGCGCCCUCAAAUCCGCAGGCAGGUCGCAUGCCUGGAAAUCUAG